AACUAGUUCUCACUGAGUCCGCUGCGCGAGUUUGGCGCGUGGCGAUGCAGUAACGUCCGCGUCGCUCGGUUCGUCUGUGCCGCGACAGUCCUCCCGGAGCGAGCUUUUCGUCGUCGCAAAAAACAAGUGGUGUGGAGAGAGAAAAGAGAGAGAGAGAGAGAGAGAGACAGAUAAAAAAUCAAGGUGUAAGAGGCGAACGUAUAGAAACAGAAGGAAAAAGGAUAACAGCGACGAACGUUUUCUUUUCUGUGCGAAAUUACGGGAGGAGCUGGUCGAGGAGGAGUAAAAGAAGAAUAGGAGAUUUACGAAAAAAGGGAGAGAUAGAGAGGUAGAGAUAGAUAUAAGGGAAGAGAGAAGGAGAGGGAUAUAGAGGUAGCGCGCGCGCGCGCGCCCGUGUAUGUGCCGGAUAGAACCGAGAAGGAGUAGGAGGAAGGAAAAGGAGUCAAAGGGACAGCAUCGGUGCGUCGUCGUUUCUGAAGGAAACGUUGGUGUAGAGGAAAUAAAAAGUGUAUCGGAGGAGGGUGCGAGUGGUGGAGGGGGAGGAGGCGAAGGCGAAGGAGAAGGAGGAGGAGGAGGAGGAGGUGGAAGAGGCGGUGGAGGUGGAGGCGAAGAGAGGAGGUUCGACGGAGGAGACGGUCUGACGUAGGGCAGUGCGGCUAGAGCGGGCGAACCGCGCGUCCUACCCUUCGCUCCCACCACCCUUCGCCCUUGUCGUCCUCGGUGCGAUCCUCGGCGCGGCCAGCAGCAGCGGCACCACCACUACCACCAUCGUUACAGUCAUCACCACUACCACCAAUACUACUACCACCACCAGCACCACUACUGUUAUAAAUCUCUACCACCGCUACCACCACUACCACCACCACCACCACCACCACCACCACUAUCAGCAGCAGCGUUUUCGUCAUAAGCACGUAAUCAUCAGCACUACUACUAGCAGCAGCACUAUUUUGUCAUCGGCACCACUAAGUCCUGCCGCCGUCGUCGUCGUCGUCCUACCGUCGUCGACGACGACGUCGAGGCCAGCGGGCUUCUUCUACUCUUUGUCCUCCAGCUAAAAGAAAAGAGAUCAUCGUGCGCAGCAACGCGAUCAAUUCCGGCUGCUUGCGCCGCUCGCGCGCGGCCGUUACGGUCUCAUCGCGAACAACGGGAAAGCAAGAAGAAAUGACGACGGCGAGGCUGCCGAAGCGGUACCGAUAACGGCAGGCCGAAUGAUGUUGUCGCAGAGCAAGUUCUACGCUCUCUUCAUUCACUACACGUUCGUGUAGCGCGACACGGGGCGGGUCCUUCUUGCCGCUGCGCUGAACAGAGGAAGAACGGAGGAGGCGAAGGAGUUGGAAGAGGAGGAAGAGGAGGACCUGGUGAAGAAGAAGAAGAAGAAGAAGAAGAAGAAGAAGAGGGGGAGGAGAAGACGGAGGAGAAGGACGAAGUGUGUUGGAGGAAAGAGAGGAAGACAGUGAAACUAAAGCCAAAGUCGAUAAGAAUCGACCGACACGAAGAGCAGACUAUGUUAUUUCGGAUAACGGAUUGAUCGCACCCGUCGCUUCAUUCACACGUCGGACAUGAAAAAUCUUGGUUCGCGUUGGACGGUCCCCGACAUAGCACGCACUGCUGCAGCGCGUUCGUCAUUUCUCGUGGCCAUUUCGUCGGAACGAGAUUCAGGUAGUAUCAGCAGCAGUAGCAGCAGCAGCAGCAGCAGCAGCAGCAGCAGCAGCAGCAGCAGCAGCAGCAGCAGCAGCAGCAGCAACAACAGCAGCAGCAGCAGCAGCAGCAGCAGCAGCAGCAGCAGCAGCAGCAGCAGCAGCAGCAGCAGCAGCAACAGCAGCAGCAGUAGCAGCAAUAGUAACAGCAACAGCACCUGUAUCAGUAACAGAAGAAGAAGCAGCAGCAGCAGUAGCAUCAACAACGUCUGCGUUAGCGAGUUAAGAAGGAAAACAAAUAACAAGAAGAAGAUCGUUAUCAGGGGGAGAAGAAGCAACGAGAUUAGAGGGAAAGCUCGCUGUAAGCGCGAGUUCGUGAUUGCCGGGAAAUCGGCAGUCGUCGAGGUGCUGCAAGGAGGUGCGUUUUUAUCCGUCCGAUCUAACGUAACGGCGUCGUUUAAUCUUAUCCACGGAACGAGGAGUUCCGACGUAUCGACGCCGAGGAAUCACCGGCCCUGGAAUCAAGACAAUUGUCAGCAGCACCAACAACUGGCUUUCUAUUAUUACUCUCCUGCUUCUUCGUGGGACGAGCACACACGACACUUCAGGAACUGUUAGCACCGAUCAAAAGAAGGUGGCAGGAAGCUGUGCGCAGCCUAGACAAUGUCCGAAGAGUCUGACUCUAUAACAGAGGAAGAAAGAAGUUUGUUCCGUCCGUUCACGCGGGAGUCCCUGGCAGCGAUCGAGGCUCGCAUCGCCGAGGAACAUGCCAAGCAGAAGGAACUCGAGAAGAAGAGAGCGGAAGGAGAGGGAGGUUUUGGACGGAAGAAAAAGAAAAAAGAAGUACGAUAUGACGACGAGGACGAGGACGAGGGUCCUCAACCGGAUCCGGCGCUCGAACAAGGAGCUCCGAUCCCGGUUCGAUUGCAUAACGUAUUUCCACCCGAGUUGGCCUCCACACCUCUCGAGGAUAUUGAUACCUUCUAUCAAAAUCAAAGGACCUUCGUCGUCGUCAGCAAGGGAAAGGAUAUAUUUAGGUUCUCAGCGACCGACGCGAUGUGGAUCCUCGAUCCAUUCAACCCGAUACGACGCGUGGCUAUCUACAUUCUGGUUCACCCACUCUUCUCCCUCUUCAUCAUUACUACGAUAUUGGUUAACUGCAUACUCAUGAUCAUGCCCACCACGCCUACCAUCGAGUCCACCGAAGUGAUAUUUACGGGCAUCUACACAUUUGAGUCCGCCGUUAAGGUGAUGGCGAGGGGUUUCAUUCUGCAGCCUUUUACCUAUCUUAGAGAUGCAUGGAAUUGGCUCGACUUCGUAGUUAUAGCUUUAGCUUAUGUGACGAUGGGCAUAGAUCUAGGCAACCUUGCCGCUCUCAGGACAUUUCGAGUCCUCCGAGCCUUGAAGACUGUCGCUAUUGUACCAGGUCUGAAAACCAUUGUCGGCGCUGUGAUAGAGUCCGUGAAGAAUCUGCGCGAUGUGAUAAUCCUGACGAUGUUCUCCCUCUCCGUUUUUGCGCUGAUGGGCCUUCAAAUUUACAUGGGGGUCCUAACGCAAAAGUGUAUAAAGAACUUUCCAACGAACAGCUCCUGGGGUAAUCUCACCGACGAGAACUGGGAGAGAUUCGUUAGCAAUGAAACUAAUUGGUACGUAGACGAGGCUGGAAACAUGCCAUUGUGCGGGAAUUCGUCGGGAGCUGGGCAGUGCCUUCCUGGCUACACGUGCUUACAAGGAUACGGCGACAACCCGAACUACGGUUACACGAGCUUCGACAGCUUCGGCUGGGCUCUACUUUCUGCCUUUCGUCUUAUGACCCAAGACUAUUGGGAAAAUCUUUAUCAGCUGGUACUACGAUCGGCCGGACCGUGGCACAUGCUCUUCUUCAUUGUCAUCAUCUUCCUCGGUUCUUUCUAUCUCGUCAACUUGAUCCUCGCUAUCGUAGCGAUGUCAUACGACGAGUUGCAAAAGAAGGCGGAAGAGGAGGAGGCUGCCGAAGAGGAAGCAAUAAGGGAAGUCGAAAAAGCCAUGAUGAUGAAGGAGAACAAAUUAGCGGCGCAGGCAACCGCGAGAGAAGCAGCUGCGGCUGCCGCAGCCGCGGCAGCUGAUCAGAUCGUCAAGUCACCGUCGGACUUCUCUUGUCAUAGUUAUGAACUCUUCGUUGGCCAGGAAAAGGGUAACGACGAUAACAACAAGGAGAAGAUCAGCAUAAGAUCGAUCGAGUCUGUUAGCGAGCAUAGGAUCAAGCAGAUCAACAACAACCACAGCGCUGCCAGUAAAGUGCGGAAAGUCAGCGCCGUCUCUCGCGCCGCUAAUGGCCAGUUUACUUAUGCCUACCAGGAAAGCCUGCGGAAGGCGAGCCUUAGCCUGCCCGGUUCACCUUUCAAUCUUCGCCGGAGUAGUCGUGGGAGUCAUCAAUUCACGAUACGGAAUGGUCGAGGUCGAUUCGUUGGUCCACCAGGUGGUGACAGGAAACCCCUUGUACUAUCGACCUAUUUGGAUGCCCAGGAACACUUGCCUUAUGCCGACGACUCCAAUGCCGUCACACCGAUGUCCGAGGAAAAUGGAACUAUUGUAGUGCCGGUUUAUUAUGCGAAUCUUGGCUCGCGGCAUUCCUCCUACACGUCACACGCGUCGAGACUAUCCUAUACGUCGCACGGUGACCUUCUAGGUGGUAUAGCCAGUGCAAUCGGCAAACCAAUGACCAAGGAAAGUCGAUUGAGAAGUAGAUCGGUUAGGCCACCAUCGGUUAAUGGUCAUCUACAAGAUUGUAAUCAAAAGUAUCACUGCGAAAGCGAUUUAGAAAGCGAUCCCAUGGGCAAAGCGAAGCAACAAGAUAAUCCGUUCAUCGAACCUUCUCAACAACAUGCCGUCGUCGAUAUGAAGGAUGUGAUGGUGCUCAACGAUAUUAUCGAGCAAGCAGCAGGACGUCAGAGCAGAACACCCGAGCAAGGAGUUUCGACCUAUUACUUUCCGACAGACGACGAUGAGGAAGGGCCCACGUUAAAGGAGAAAAUAUUGGCCGGGGUCUUACGUUGCAUCGAUAUCUUCUGCGUUUGGGACUGCUGUUGGCUCUGGCUCGAGUUUCAGAAAUACGUAUCUCUUCUGGUAUUCGAUCCGUUCGUAGAACUCUUCAUUACUCUUUGCAUCGUCGUUAAUACUCUCUUCAUGGCAUUGGAUCAUCACGAUAUGGACAAGGACAUGGAAAAAGUCCUUAAAUCCGGUAACUACUUCUUCACGGCUACAUUCGCCAUCGAAGCAACGUUAAAGCUGAUAGCUAUGAGCCCGAAGUAUUAUUUUCAAGAGGGUUGGAACAUCUUCGACUUCAUCAUCGUCGCCCUCUCAUUACUCGAAUUAGGUUUGGAAGGUGUUCAAGGUCUUUCGGUAUUGCGAUCCUUUCGAUUGCUGAGAGUGUUCAAGCUGGCAAAAUCAUGGCCCACAUUGAAUCUACUGAUAUCCAUCAUGGGUAGGACAGUUGGUGCCUUGGGUAACUUAACCUUCGUCUUAUGUAUCAUCAUCUUCAUAUUCGCCGUGAUGGGUAUGCAAUUGUUCGGGAAGAAUUACACCGAUCACGUCGAUCGUUUCCCGGGUGGAGAUUUACCCAGAUGGAACUUUACCGAUUUCAUGCAUUCCUUCAUGAUCGUCUUUCGUGUUCUGUGCGGAGAAUGGAUCGAAUCUAUGUGGGACUGUAUGCUGGUUGGAGACGUCUCUUGCAUACCGUUCUUCCUCGCCACCGUCGUCAUCGGUAACCUUGUCGUGCUGAAUCUCUUCUUGGCCCUGUUGCUGAGCAACUUCGGUUCAUCUAAUUUAUCGGCGCCGACUGCGGACAACGACACGAACAAGAUCGCGGAAGCGAUCGAUCGGAUAGCACGUUUCGUAAAAUGGAUCAAGCGAAAUGUCCUUUACAUUGCUAAGUUGAUGCGAGCCAAAUUCACCAAUCAGAUAUCCGAUCAGGCGCCAGGUGAGGGACCGUCCAACAGUUGGAAAGAAGAUGGAAUUGAUCGAGAUGGGGACCUAGAUCUUGCAGAUAGCGAUUUGGAAGCGUAUAGAGAUAAGAAGAGUGCGAAGGAGUUGAAUCAACUGGAGGUAGCCAUUGGUGACGGAAUGGAAUUUACUAUUCAUGGAGAUCUGAAGAACAAAUUGAAAAGGGGCAAGUUGUGUAUAAAUAAUACCAAGGUGAUAGGAAAUUCGAUAAAUCAUCGGGAUUAUAGAUUAGACAACGAUUAUAUUAAUCAAAACGAAGAAGACACGAUCAGUAACAAAUCGUAUGGCAGUCAUAAGAAUCGACCGUUCAAGGACGAAAGUCAUAAAGGUAGCAUGGAUUCGUUGAACGGAGAGGAAAAGAAAGAUGCCAGUAAGGAAGAUCUCGAGCAAGACGAAGACUUAGAAGAAGAUGGCGAUGAGGGUGACGGUAUAAUGGAGAGCGAGAUAAUACAUGCCGACAAGGAUCCCAUAAAUUCCGAUUAUCCGGCUGAUUGUUGUCCAGAAAAUUGUUAUAAAAAAUUUCCGUUUUUGGCUGGCGACGACGAUGCUCCGUUUUGGCAAGGAUGGACGAAUUUGAGGCUGAAGACUUUCCAAUUGAUCGAAAAUAAAUAUUUCGAGAGUGCGGUUAUAACGAUGAUUCUAUUGAGUAGUUUAGCUCUCGCCUUGGAAGAUGUCCAUUUGCAGCAACGACCCAUCCUGCAAGAUAUUCUUUAUUACAUGGACAGAAUUUUCACUGUGAUUUUCUUCCUCGAAAUGUUGAUCAAAUGGCUGGCCCUUGGCUUCAAGAAAUAUUUCACGAAUGCCUGGUGCUGGCUCGAUUUCAUCAUCGUCAUGGUGUCGCUCAUUAACUUCGUAGCGUCGCUCUGUGGCGCUGGCGGGAUCCAAGCCUUCAAAACAAUGAGGACCCUAAGGGCCCUAAGGCCACUCAGGGCGAUGUCUAGAAUGCAGGGGAUGCGGGUAGUCGUCAACGCUUUGGUACAAGCUAUUCCAUCCAUCUUUAACGUCUUGCUGGUCUGCCUUAUUUUUUGGCUGAUUUUCGCCAUCAUGGGCGUGCAGCUGUUCGCCGGCAAGUACUACAAGUGUGUCGAUGCGAAUAAGACUACGCUUAGCCACGAAAUCAUACCGGAUCGAAACGCUUGUCUAGCGGAAAAUUACACGUGGGAAAACUCGCCGAUGAAUUUCGAUCACGUCGGUAAAGCAUACCUGUGCCUCUUCCAAGUGGCGACCUUCAAAGGAUGGAUACAGAUCAUGAACGACGCGAUCGAUUCGCGGGAGGUCGACAAGCAACCGAUACGCGAGACGAACAUCUACAUGUAUCUCUAUUUCGUAUUUUUCAUCAUAUUCGGAUCGUUUUUUACCCUUAACCUAUUCAUCGGUGUGAUCAUCGACAAUUUCAACGAGCAGAAAAAGAAAGCCGGUGGUUCACUCGAGAUGUUCAUGACGGAAGAUCAGAAGAAAUAUUACAAUGCAAUGAAAAAGAUGGGCAGCAAGAAGCCGCUCAAGGCGAUUCCACGUCCAAUCUGGAGACCGCAAGCUAUAGUGUUCGAAAUAGUGACGGACAAAAUGUUCGAUAUGAUAAUCAUGUUGUUCAUCGGACUGAACAUGCUCACGAUGACAUUGGACCAUUAUCAAAUGAGCGACACAUUCAGCAGCGUUCUGGACUAUCUCAAUAUGAUAUUCAUUGUGAUAUUCACCACCGAGUGUCUCAUGAAGAUUUUCGCCCUACGUUACCAUUAUUUCAAGGAGCCCUGGAACCUCUUUGAUUUAACUGUUGUUAUAUUAUCAAUAUUAGGUCUGGUGCUCAGCGAUAUAAUCGAGAAAUACUUCGUAUCUCCGACCUUGCUUCGAGUAGUGAGAGUGGCAAAGGUCGGUCGUGUGCUACGUCUUGUGAAGGGUGCGAAGGGCAUCCGUACUUUAUUAUUCGCUCUCGCGAUGUCCUUGCCUGCUCUAUUCAACAUUUGCCUACUGCUGUUCCUCGUAAUGUUCAUCUUCGCUAUCUUUGGAAUGUCCUUCUUCAUGCACGUUAAGGACAAGAGCGGUCUGGACGAUGUAUAUAACUUUAAGACGUUCGGGCAGUCGAUGAUACUGCUGUUCCAGAUGUCAACGUCCGCCGGUUGGGACGGCGUUCUGGACGGCAUAAUAAACGAAGAGGAUUGUCAGGAGCCGAACAACGAGAUCGGUUAUCCAGGCAAUUGCGGUUCGUCGACGAUCGGCAUCGCCUAUCUCCUGUCGUACCUGGUGAUAAGUUUCUUGAUCGUGAUAAACAUGUACAUCGCGGUUAUCUUGGAGAAUUACUCUCAGGCAACGGAGGACGUACAGGAGGGUCUUACGGACGACGAUUACGACAUGUAUUAUGAGAUUUGGCAACAAUUCGAUCCGAAGGGUACACAGUACAUAAGAUACGAUCAGCUUUCGGACUUCUUAGACGUUUUGGAGCCACCGUUGCAGAUACACAAGCCGAACAAGUAUAAGAUCGUUUCGAUGGAUAUACCGAUAUGUAAGGGUGACCUUAUGUUUUGCGUCGAUAUACUCGACGCCCUUACGAAGGACUUCUUCGCGCGUAAGGGCAAUCCGAUCGAAGAAACCGGCGAAUUGGGCGAAGUUCAAACUCGUCCAGGUGAGACCGGUUACGAGCCGGUUUCGUCUACCCUUUGGCGUCAACGCGAGGAAUAUUGCGCGCGGCUUAUCCAGAAUGCCUGGAGAAAGCACAAACAGCAACGUCUCGGCGGGCCGAGCGAGGAAAGCGACGAUCCAGACACGGAUCCGCGUGUACGACAAACCGCUGUACUCGUCGAGAGCGACGGCUUCGUCACGAAGAACGGCCAUCGCGUCGUCAUUCACAGUCGAUCGCCAAGCGUCACCUCGAGAACGGCCGACGUCUGAUCAUUGCCGUCGUCAAACUCGCCGAAAUCUUAAGACAUUAUCAACCGAGCUGCUCCUCGCUAGCAACGCAAUUGCCGCCAUUGCCGUCGCCAUCGCCGUCGCCGUCGUUAACGUCGUCGUCAUUCCUGCCAUCGUCAUUAAUCCUGCCAUCGUCAUCGCAAGAACAGAAAGAAGAAAAAGAAGAAGAAGAAGAAGAAAAGGAAAAAGUCGAAGCAACGUUACGGACAACACUGUCCUCCUCUUUGUCGUCGUCGUCGUCGUCGUCGUCAUCGUCGUCGUCGUCGUCGUCUUCGUCGUCGUCGUCGUCGUUGUCGUUAUCGAAAGCCUACGAUGAUCGAUCUCGCGCUUACCAUCCGAAAAAGACACUCCUAAAACGCGAUUGUACAUUAACCAUUCCUUCUCCAACGAGUUGCCUUCAAUCGACAUUAAAGCGAAGCGACGAAGAGGAAGAAGAAUAAUAAGAAGACGAAGAAAAAAACGAAGAAAAGAAGAAGAGGACGAGACGAGUCGGACUUCGGGGCCCGCUUCCCCCGACAAAAAUCGUGGCACGGGGCCCGGCUCGAGCUACCAACCCCCUUCUUCUUCUAUAUAUAUAUAUUUAAAUAUAUAUAUAUAUAAAUAUGCAUAUAUGUGUGUAUGUGUGUGUGUGUGUGUGCGUUAGUCACGUGACCGAGGACGAUGAUCGAUGGCAAGAUGGCGCGCGGCCCACGUGGCUCGAGUCGAGGACGACCCACGCGUCGUAUAUAUAUCGUAUAUAUAUCUAUAUACAUAUAUUCUAUAUAUAUAUAUAUAUAUAUAUAUAUAUAUAUGGAUAUAUAUACACACACCACUAGCUCGAUUUCCGCGAUUACUACCUGCCGUUUGGAUUUUUUACAACGUUUUACAGGAGGUCGGCCGGCAGCUCGAACGUGGAAUGAGACCGCGCUGCCAGAAAAGCGCGCGGCGACGACGACGUGAUUGGACGAAGAGGACGAAUAGAAGAAGAGAGAAAGAGAGAGAGAGAGAGAGAGAGAG